AGUAAGAGCUUUGUUCUUUUCUUUUCUCCAUCACUUCCUCUCAGCACACUUAGAGCUCUCUUUUCGUGCAUGCGCUGAUCAAACUCGUGCCUGCGCCUCUUUUUUUUCCUCCCUUCUUUUAUAGCAGGACAAGUAAAUUCAAAAAAACAAACAAAAAAACACGUUUCCCUGUUCACUACCCAAUCGCAGGCUUGUCCUUUGCUGCUUUCAACUAGUUCUACGAGUUUUCUUCGCUUAUCAUUAUCUUGUUCUUGUUCUUGUUCUUGUGGUUGUUGUUUCCUCGCUGCCUGCUACGUGUCACAUUAUACUUUUGUCUCCGCAUUCUUCUUCCUUCUUCUCACUUCCGCGCUUUUCACCCCGCGCUAAGGCACAACGGCGUUUAACAUCGUCUCGCAUUUUGAAGUACUAGUUCCGCCCACGUAUAAAAUAAGAUAAAAGAAGAACGGAGUUGGUUAAGCAAGCAACAGCGGCAAAAGUGAUUCAAGUGCUACUUCUUUUUUUGUUGUUGCCGUUGUAACUUGCAAUACUACAGACGAACAGUGUUUGUUUUUUGAACUUUUGACUUCCUAUUAGACUCCGUGCUUCGGCAACAACAGCGUCAGAAUGAGCGUGGACUCGAUCAUUGAGCAGCUGCUCGAGGUCCGCGGCGCGAAGCCCGGAAAGCAGGUACAGUUAGCGGAGAACGACGUCAAGCAGCUGGCGAUGCGCACGCGCGAGAUUCUCCUCUCCCAGCCGCCCCUGCUAGAACUGGAGGCGCCCAUCAAGAUCUGCGGCGAUAUCCACGGGCAGUACUACGACCUCAUCCGCCUCUUCGAGAACGGCGGCUUCCCACCCACGGCGAACUACCUCUUCCUCGGCGACUACGUGGAUCGCGGAAAACAGGGGCUGGAGACGAUCUGCCUCGUUUUUGCCUUCAAGGUGAAGUUUCCGGAGAACUUCUUCAUUCUGCGCGGCAACCACGAAUGCGCCAGCAUCAACCGCAUCUACGGCUUCUUUGACGAGUGCAAGCGUCGCUACAACAUCCGCCUGUGGAAGGCGUUCACCGACACCUUUAACUGCCUACCGGUGGCCUGCAUUGUGGAUGAUAAGAUCUUCUGCUGCCACGGCGGCCUUUCCCCCGAGUUGCAGACGAUGGACCAAAUCAAGAAGAUUACGCGCCCAUGCGAUGUAGCAGACACAGGUCUGAUCUGCGACCUGCUCUGGUCUGAUCCGGAGGAGGGCCUCUCCGGCUGGGGUGAGAACGACCGCGGCGUCUCCUUCACCUUUGGACAGGAUAUUGUAGAGAAAUUCCUUAACAAGCACCAGUUUGAGCUCAUCUGCCGCGCGCACCAGGUCGUGGAGGACGGCUACCAGUUCUUCGCGAAGCGCAAGCUCAUUACCAUCUUCUCAGCCCCGAAUUACUGCAACGAGUUUGACAACAGCGGUGCCGUGAUGACGGUGGAUAGCGAGCUCAUGUGCUCUUUCCAAAUCCUCAAACCCUCCGUGAAGAAGCCGAAGUUCUACUCGUAG